AUGGAUGACAUGGAUAAGAUUGCUCGACGAGACCAGAAUUCCGGGCUUUCUCAUAGAGAAGCGCAUCGUAUUAACCAAAAGAAACGCGGUUCUACGUCGAGCAGGAAUAAGAACGCUGAUCCUUCUCGACAUCUCACCACAGCAUCUUCCUGGAACAGAACGACAGUACAUACAGAGACACCUGAGGGGUUCAAUAAUGCAUUGGAUCAUCUAGACCAGAACAUACCGGCGCGCGCCACUUCGAUCGAGGGUUCGCACCUCUCAGGUUCGACUCAGGGACCCGUUCCUGUUGUCUCGGAUGUAAUCCUACCAACAAAUGAUGACCACUCACGUAUCCAUAGCCUGGAGAGCUUCAAAAUGGACAGUCUUUCAACCGACGAGCAUCUGAUUACCAUCCCCUCCUCUAAGCUAUGGCUGUGGGAGGAGAGCUGGCACUGGGAUGAGCGAACAUGGGUAGCUUAUGAAACUGAGAUACCCGUGCCGUCCCAUCUUCAAUCAAGGUUGGCGGAAAUCAGAGAUGAGACAUUGAUCAAUCUGAAAGAGGUUCAAACUGAGAUGAUGAAAAAACAAGCCAAAGAAACCAGUUAUCACAAACAACGACCUUCGCGAAGGAAUUUGCACGUGGAAAUUCGGAUGUCGGGGCAUCAAAAACGCCUCAGAAAAACAGUCGUCAUUUCUCCCUGCAUCUGGAUCCUAUGUGGAAGCAAGGAGUUUCGAGAUAUGGUACGGAAAGCGCUAAAAGGAGGUCUGGCGGGAUCAAUAGCAAGAAACCUCUCAAGCUCACGCGUGGAGAUCCACGCGAAAGCUCCUGAGUUCAACGCUACUGAGGCUCUGGUUCCUCUUCCUCAGCUACGGCGCGAUAUCGAGAAAGACAACAGGUUGAUCGGACAAAUAAUCUCAAGAGUUGGCGGCUUAUUGGUCAAUGGCUUCGAGUUAUUCGACAAUAUUGACGUACCAAUAGCGAUGACGACGUCACACGGUUUGUUCGAUUAUAUUCGGCAGAAUGACGGCGCCGCUAGCGCGUUGAUGGAUAUCACGAUAUCAUCAUUCAAACCUAACCUGCCAGGAAAUGAAUAUGAUCCUAUUACGAUUUCUGACUCGGAACCAGAUUCCGACUCUAGUUCUGAUGUCAGCGGCCCAGGCUCAGACAGUGGGGAUGCACAAUCUACUCAGUUAGCCUGGAGAGAAGAACAAAGUCUAGGGAGAAGAGACCCUGCAACGGUUUACAAAUGGAUGGCAAUUGAAGAAGUCAUCGGACUCAAAUUCGCCAAGCACCAAUUCCCUCGCGGCGUGUUGGACAGCUCUAAGCCGAGCGAUUAUGCUCUCCUGACUUCGGCAGAUCUGGCGGGAUUCCGCAACGCAACUUCGUGGCGCAACCUUGCCCCAGAGCUUCCAUCAGACGAGAUCACAUCAAGCCUGAAGAAUGAUGAGCUUACGGAGGGCUCUCUGCUCAUGGUCUUUGCCAGGGACGAAGUGAAAGAGGUCACGCUGCUCCCUGGCAUUUCAACAAUGCCAUCUGCGCAAGGUGAUCCCCUGGAAGUCAGAAGAAUUCAGCUCUCGGCGCCUUUAGCACGCGGCACAUCAGGUACAUGGCUAGUCAAAGGGUCAGCAUUUGCGGGGAUGGUCGUUGCUUUCUACCCGAAUCAGCCCAUGGCGAUGUUCAUAACGGCACAGGAUCUACUACAGAGUAUCGCUGAAUCAUUUCCUGAUCUUCUUCUGCCCUCGAAAGACAGGCCACAGGACCCACUGGCACAGUCUCAAGCCCAUAGACAGUCCAGGGCUGACGCAUUCGGACAUUCCGCGGAGAAUCAAGGUACCAUGCAGAACACCGUAUUUGGUGUCACAACAGAAAACGUAUUAGGGAACGAUCCGGAAUAUACCCCAUCUGCUACAAACGAAAAAUGA